GCCAGACUCGACCUCUAUCGCCCGCACCAUGACCGUAGGGGCUUUUUCCGAAUGGCGCAAGCUCCCUGUGAGUCUCAGCGAACUCUGUAUUAACACCACCCUGCGCUGCGGGCAGUCUUUCAGAUGGCACAAUGUCCCCGAUACCGAGGAAUGGCGAUGUGUUCUGCACGGACGUCUUCUCUCCUUGAAGCAAGACCCUAGUCAUCUCUACUACCGGACCUACAACACCGCCAAGUCAACACCAACACCACCAUCCUCCGACGACACCACCCUCGCCCUCAUCAAACACUACCUGAACCUCUCCUCCAACCUCACCGACCUCUACGCGCUCUGGUCCUCGCAGGACCCCAACUUCAAGAAAAAAGCCCCCCAGUUCACCGGCAUCCGCAUCCUGCGCCAAGACGCCUGGGAAGCCCUCAUCGGCUUUAUCUGCAGCAGCAAUAACAACAUCUCGCGCAUCUCGCAGAUGGUCGAGAAGCUAUGUCUUCAUUACGGGCCCGCUAUCGGCUCGGUCGACGGCCGCGCAUACCACGACUUUCCCACUCCUGAGGCCCUGACCGGUGACGACGUCGAAAGCCGCCUCCGCGCCCUGGGGUUCGGGUACCGCGCUAAAUACAUCUACCAGACGGCUGUGAUGGUGGCGAAGGAGAAGGGCGACGGGUGGCUGGAUUCGCUGCGGAAUCCUGAGUGUCCGGCAUUCGGGGCGGAAAGCGCGCCGGCCGGAGAGAUGUUUCCGGAAGGGAGAGAGGGGUAUCGUGAGGCGCAUGAGAAAUUGCUCUCGUUACAGGGCGUGGGGCCGAAGGUUGCGGAUUGCGUUUGCUUGAUGGGGCUUGGUUGGGGGGAGGCGGUGCCUGUUGAUACGCAUGUCUGGCAAAUUGCCCAACGGGACUAUAAGUUUGGUAAAGGGUCUCAUAAGUCCCUUACGAAAGCUACUUACGACGCUGUCGGUAACCAUUUCCGCAAACUCUGGGGCAAGGAAGCCGGUUGGGCGCAUAGCGUUCUGUUCACGGCUGAUCUGCGGUCUUUCUCGGAUCGACUGGCUCCAAAAAAGGGAAAGGUCGAGGUUGACGUGAAGGAGGAAGACGACAAGGGCGAGGUGAAACUCGAAACCACGGUCACAACGUCGACAGUUGCGCUGAAGCGGUCUGCGACCGAGGAUGACGGGAUCAAGACUGAACCCGUCGACGACGAGUCCAAGGAAAACCUGAAGGCCGUGGUUCAAGCGGCGCAGACGACGACAACGAGGAGGAUGCCGAAGCGGCUUCGGAGCCGCUGAUUGAGAUUCUGGGUUUUCUCGAUCUAGACUUCAUUCGAUGUAUAUAUUAAGACCAAACUUUUUAGACAUUUGACUGCUACGCUAGAUUUG